AGAGAGACAGACUCACACUGCAAGCUGGGCAACACAGGCCUCUCUGGGACUGGAUUACCGCUAAGUGUGUACACUAAACUGACUGGAAAUCAUACAUCCAUCUGCACAGAGUAUCGUCACCACUCUUUCUGCUGCUGGAAAUCCUGCUUGCACUCCAAUUGUGCAAUGAGUUUGCUUUACGUUUCAGAAGGUGAAGUUCAUCAUCAGUUCAGCCUUUCCACCUACAAGGCUCAAACCACACACAUUAAAAACACUGAGGACAAUGAGAAGGAGGAAGAGGCUUAUGUAGGAUAUGGGGUCGAAUCCUUCAGUUCUUAUGAGCAGAAGUACUGUUGUGGGAUUUGCGGACGUCUGCUGUGGGAACCAGUGCAGAACAUACCAUGUGGACACAGGUUCUGUCUGCAUUGCUACAAAACAUUGAUCAGCAAAGGAAAUGCAGAAUGCCCAGACUGUCAAAAGGAACACAAAAUGAACUCCUAUAUACAAGUAUCUUCUCUACAACAGUGCUUCCGGGACAAUGCAAUUAAAAAAGAGCUGUUGAACUUGCCUGCAGAAUGCCCUUUCAGUAAUUGUACAUGGAGAGGUAAUCUCCGAAAUUUAAAGGAGCACAAGAAAAACUGUCAAUGGGAAAUGAUUGAAUGUCCUUUUAAAAUAAUUGGAUGUGAAGAAAAGUUCCUGCGCAAAGACUCAAGUCAACAUGAAACACAAAGUCUUUCUGUUCAUCUUCUGUGUGUUCUGGCACUAAUUGUCAAAAAGAAAGACAUUUUGGACAAUUUACCUUUUCAAAAAACUGAAGAAAGCAAGCCAGACACCAUUUCCUCUAACCCUCAAGAGAAAAUAUCCUGCCCAUUAGACUCCGAAGUAAAAUGUAAGCAGACUUUUUCCUCCACAGAAAUGGAAGCCAUGCUGAAGAGAACAGUGCAGCUUGAGGAAAAACAACAAGUAUUUCAAAAUGUCCUGACUGUCCUGAAUCGAGAAAUGGGCAAAAUGGAGAAGCUGUCAGAUUAUGAAAGACAACUGUCAGAGGCCAAACAAAGAAUAGAAUUCCUGGAACAUCAGGUAAACCAACAUCAGUUAAACAGUGCAUAUAAAGACAGAGUGCUGGCUGCCAUGACAAAUCGGCUGUGCAUGUUGGAACAAACCAGCUUUGAUGGCACAUACAUAUGGAAAAUCACCUGUGUCAGUGAAAAAAUGGACUCAGCCAUGACAGGGAAAAACCUCUGUGUCUACUCACCACCCUUUUACACCGGGAAGUAUGGUUACAAGGUCUGCAUGAAACUAUUCUUGAACGGAGACGGAGCUGGACUGGGAACUCACAUGUCUAUCUUCCUGGUGAUCAUGAAAGGAGAGUAUGACUUCAAGCUGAAGUGGCCCUUCCCUUACAAGGUAACAUUCACACUGCUUGACCAGUUAAGUCAGAGAGAUAUUUCUGCGUCAUUUAAGCCAACAGACGGCAGCUCUUUCCAGCGGCCACUUCAAGAAAAGAACAUUGCAAGUGGGUUGCCAGAAUUCAUCACACUGGAUGAACUGUAUUCCAGUGACUGUGCUUACAUUAAAGACAACCUUAUGUAUAUUAAAGCAGAAACUGGUCCAACUGUAUAGAGAUGCAGAGAACCAAAAUGGAAAACAUUUUAGUUUUACCAGGGUGAUAAGCUAUCAUGCCAUAGUCUUACAAGCAGGACAUGACAGAAGAAACAUUUCAUAAAGAUGGAAUUUGUUUACACAGAAAGCGGCAAAAUAACCAUUUAAUAGCUAUGCAGAAGGUAACAGAUUGUGGCUGCUUAUGGUAACUGAGCUGUCACUUCAGUUCAGACGUGGUGGGAUAGAUGACAGUCUCAAGAGUAAGUACAGUUAGGAAUGAUAUUCUUGCAUAAGCUGAAUAAGGAAUCAGAGUAAAGGGUAGAUCAGAGAAAAAAACAAGGUAGCAGGACAGAGAGACAAGGAAAUUACAGUACACAAGAUGCAACGUGUGCAGAACAACAGACUUGCUCCAUGAAAUGUGACGAGUCACAGGGCACUGAAAUGAAGUCACUGGAGGAAAGAAGAGCAUAAACAGGAAAAUAUAGCAGUGUUUUUUCACAUAUGGUAAACAUACAUUUACCAAGGAGUAGGAUUAGGAUUCUGAAGAGGAAAAUUAUCUCAUUUUCAAAUAUCAGACAUUGCUAGAUUAAUGUAAAUUAUCUAAUUUGCAAAUAUAGGGCAUCCUAGUUUACAGAACAUAAAAGGAUGACAUGGUUUUAAAGUGAUGUGACAUACAAUGACAUGUCGAUAUAAUUAAUAUAUUGGUGUACAAGAUAACAUGACAUUCAGUACUAGAGGGAAAAGGGGCAAAUCCUUCUGCAUCUGGAUGGGGAUGACACAGCAUAACAACUUCUUGCAAGUCAUCUGUUCUAUUUUCCAGCUAUGACCAAAUGGACCUCAGGAAGCCCAGUACAUCUUAAAACACUAAUUAUUAUUACUUUCAGAUACUUUUAUUAUGCAUAGAUAUUAAAAAUGAAUGCUGAAACACUGAAAACAAAGAACUUGAUAUUCAAGGAUAUGGUCACACAUACGUGGUGUACAUAUUUAAACAAUAAUGUAUUUAUUUUCAUGCACUGAGAUUGACUUUUACUUUGCUAUUUUUUUAAAUGCCUGGUUGACUAAAUGGAGGUUUUAUCAUUUUUUUUUCUUUUUCUAUCUUAGUAGUGAAAAGGCACACUGAAAAACUUGCAUCAUCUGGGCUUGGGAGGCUAUGUUCAGGAAGCUUGCAUACAGUUCCAAAAAUCCUGCAUACCCCCCUUGUUCAUAUUUAUGAUUUGCAAGAAAAAAGUUGUUUUUCGCAAUUUCAUGACAUUGUUCAAUGUUUUUUGCGUCUUGUGGGUUGCACAAUAUUAUUUAAUGAAAACACACCAUGAAAAAAAAAAUCAAAGUAAAUAUAAAACAGUAUAAAACAGA